GACGUCACUUGGUUUUCAUUUCGUUCCUCCUCUAUUUGGAGAUCAGACCAGCUAACCGAUAGCUAACUAGCCAGAUUUCUUUAUUUUUCCACAGUUCGAAAAUCUCACUUGUUAUAAGUGUUGUUUUAUUAUCUCAAUCAACAGGAUAUUAAUUAUCGCCAAUUUCUCCCGACGCCGUUUUCUCUCCGCUCCCGGAGAAAACACUGAGCCAUGUACAAUGGGAUUGGCCUGACAACUCCGCGGGGCAGCGGCACCAAUGGCUAUGUUCAACGCAACCUGUCAAGCCUGCGGGUCAAGCGGCCGCGGGAUGAGCGCGGUGGUGAGCGGGAUGAGAAGGACAGGGAGAGGCUGGAGAGUCAGCUCAACAGGCAACCCAAUGCUGACAUCCUGGAGCACCAACGAAAGAGGCAGCUGGAGGUCAAGUGUGCCGAACUGCAGGACAUGAUGGAAGAACAAGGGUAUUCAGCUGAGGAAAUCGAGGAGAAGGUGAACAGUUUCCGUAUGAUGCUACAGGAGAAGCAGGAGCCGGCUGCUGCCACCACUGAGAGACCAACGGUGACGGAGACUCAUGCUCUGGCUGCAGCCAACCAGCAGAAGAAUGACCGUCUUCGCGCUGCUUUUGGCAUUGCCAGUGACUAUGUGGAUGGAUCAUCCUUCCAUGCCGACCGUAAGGAAAAGGAGAAGGAGAAGAAAGAGCAGGAACGCCUGGAGAGAGAGAGGCUGCAGCAGCAGAAAUAUACGUUGGUGGAGGAUUCGGAUGAGUCAGAUUCUCCUCCUAAGAAGCGCAGUCGGAAGAAGAAAAAGAAGAACAAGAACAGAGACAGCAGCUCAGAGAGUCCCUCCCCAUCUCCUCGACGAGAGAAGAAGAAAUCCAAAAAGAAGAAAAAGAAACGUGAGGCAUCAGAAGAUGAAGAAGAAGAAGACAGUCAAAGUUCCUCUGAUGAGAAGCAGAAGUUGUCCAAGAAGAAAGGAAAGAAGAGUGAAAGCCCGAGUCCUCCAAAAGCAAAGGCAGUGAGACGCAGAAGUGUCUCUUCCAGCUCUGGUCACAGCCAGUCCCCAGUUCCGCUGAGAUCACGUAAACAGGACCAAACUGCAAGAAAAUCUGAUGAAGGUAGAAAGGGGAGAUCGCCAGACAGGAGGACACGAGACUACGAGGAGCACAGCCCACAUCAUCAGAGAAGUGAAGGGAAGAAGCCCAAUCUUGAGAGAGCAGAGAAGCAGCGGCCAAGUGAGGUGGAGAAGACCUCCUCCAAAAGGAGACAUGACUCUUCAUCCCCUUCUCCACCACCACAGACAGAAAAAAGCAGGGAGAGGGAGAGAGGGAGGCGUUCCAGGAGCAGAGAGGUGGAGAAAAGGAGACGUUCCCCGAGCAUAGAAAACAUGAGGGAGAAAGGGAGGCGUUCAAGAAGCAGAGAGAUGGAGAAAAGGAGGCGUUCCAGGAGCAUAGAAAAAGAGAGGGGGAGAGGAAGGAGCCCCAGAAGCAGAGAGAUGGAAAAAGGACAGCGAUCGAGGAGCAGAGACAACGAGAGAGGGAGGCAUUCAAGGAGCAGAGACAACGAGAGAGGGAGGCGUUCAAGGAGUAGAGAAAAUGAGAGGGACAAAGGGAGGCGUUCCAGAAGCAGAGACAUGGAGAAAGGGAGGCGUUCAAGAAGCAAAGAUGUGGAGAAAGGGAGGCGUUCAAGAAGCAGAGAUGUGGAGAAAGGGAGGCGUUCAAGAAGCAGAGAUGUGGAGAAAGGCAGCCUUUCAAAAAGCAGAGAGAUGGAAAAAGGGAGACGUUCAAGAAGCAGAGAAAAGAGGGACAAAGGAAAGGACAGCAUUCCUCAGAGGACCAGACAUGACUCGUCCUCAUCCAGUUCUCCUUCUCCUCCACCUCAAUCCAAACAAGAGACAAGGAGGGGAAGAAGCAGAGACACUGAGCGGGAAAAGGACAGGAAUAAACAGGAAAAAAAGAUAAGACAUGACUCUUCAUCCCCCUCACCUCCCCCUGAAAAGGACAGGGCUAGGAGGGAGAGGAGUGGAGAGAGGGAGCGCAGGACUGACAGAGAUCUGCACUCAAGGGCGCCAAAUGAUAAAGACAACAGGAGAGACACUGGUAAGAGACAGGAGAGAGAGGCGUCUCCUGUCCAACAGAAAAAUGACAGGAGAAGGGAUGGAGGACACUCAUCCCGCACUUCUCUGUCACCAACCUCUCACUCACCUGUCACCAAUGGGCGUCAAAGAGAAAGGGAGGAUGAGAGGAGAAGAGAAAAAGACAGGGAGAGUGUUAAUGAGAGGGACAGGCAUCUGAACCGUCAGAGGGAAUUAGACAGAGAGCAUGCUCAAGAUGGCAUCAGAAAGAGAGAUGAGGCUGUCCGAUCGAAUGCAGAGGGCAGGCGAGAUGGGUCAAGACCUGCAGACAAAGGCAGGGGUGAAAGACCAGAGAUGAAGGAGAGCCAAGAAAAGACUAGAAGCCCUCUGAGGAAGGAGAAACAAGAUGACAAGGAGAAACAGACUGAGAAAAAAAGACAAGGGAGCAGCAGUAGUAGUAGCAGUGGUAGCAGCAGCAGUAGCAGCAGUGAUAGUGACAGUGAUAGCUCCUCAUCCUCCUCUUCACCUUCCUCUUCCUCUUCGUCCUCAUCCUCUGAAGAUGAGGGCAAGGUGAAAAAGGCCAGGUCUGCAGGGAAGGAAAAAAGUAGCCCCUCAAAAAGUGCACCAUCAGCCAUUGGAGCUGCAGUUCAAAGGUAUUUAGCUAAUGGUAGAAUGGAAAGCCCUGUCUCCUCCUCUGAGGGCGACAGGCUCCAACGAGCCCAGAAGGAGAGAGAAGGUGGCGGAGACAAACAUGAGAGGGUAAGCGGUCCUCACAGAGCUCCUGCAGAGACUUACCCAUCGCGAAAAAAAGGUAAUGAGCGAUAUAGCCCCACACAAAUGGACAGCCCCACUCCACCUCCUUCCCCAUCCAACAGAGCAGACACCAACAGAGGCAGCAACAGGUACUCCCCCUCUGAGGCCAAGGCAGAGAAAACAAGAAUGGAGGCAAAAGUCGGGGAGAGGGAGAGAGGUAGGGAGAGGGACAUAACCAGGAGGCCAGUGAGGUCCAGCCCCUUAGCCAGGAGGUCACGCUCUCCUCCCCAGAAAAGCUCCACAACCUCCCCAGCACGUCGCACUCCACCUAGGCAGUAUCAGGAACCCCCACCUCGAUCCAGGAGAGCUUCUCCUCCUCUGGCCUGGUCAGACCGGGAGAGAGAGAGACAAAGGGACAGAGAGAGGGAGAGGGAGAGAGACAAGGACAGAGAACGGGUUGCCAGGAGGAGCAGGUCCAGAAGCUCAAGAAGGCGCAGCAGGUCCCGGUCUAGAAGUCCCAGGAGGCGAAGUCCCCCCAGCAGGUCCCGUCGUUCUCCCUCUCCACAGCGGCGAAGGAGGAGCAGUCGCUCCCUCUCCCGAGAAAGAGCGAGAGAAAGGGAACAGGAGAGGAUCAGGCAGAGGGAGGCAGAACAAGAGAGAGAAAGGGCGAAGGAGCGUCUGCCCCCAAAAGAUGUUCCCCAGCCCCACAGGUCCUCCUCCUCCUCGUCAUCCUCCUCCAGCUCCUCCUCUUCAUCUUCGUCCUCACCGUCACCACAGCGAGAGAGGAAAGACACAAAAGCAUUAACAGAGAGAGACAGGAGAACAGAGCGAGAGGAUGAGAAGAGAGAUAGAGAGCAGAAAAGUCGUUCUUCUUCUUCACACGCCCCUUCCAGAGACUCAUCCCAUGCCCCAACCUCAGGUAGGAGAGGCUCCCAGUCCGACUCCAGGCGCUCCGAUGUGCCCUCCAGAAGGUCUCCGGCUGGCAGCCAACCAGAAACCAAACAGUCAUCACGAGGUCCAACCAGGAAGCAGUCACCAGUGACAGCCCCUCAACCGUCAGACCAAACAGUCAGAAGAGAGAGCGCUGUAAACGGGACGGAGGCGAGUGAAAGCAAGAAAGCCAACAGGAGCAGCAGCUCCAGCUCCUCUUCCUCGUCCUCAUCCUCCUCUUCUUCCUCUUCCUCAUCAUCCUCUUCAGACAGCUCUGACUCUGAAGUGGAGCAAGAAAAGGGGAAGACAGACAAACCUCAAAGCUCUUCAUCAUCGUCCUCAUCAGAGAAUGAAGAGGAAACUAAAAAAAAGAACCCUGCCAUGCCACGCAGGGUGCCGGCUGAUUCACUGAGAGAUUCUCGCUCACUCAGUUAUUCUCCUCCAAGGUAUAUGAGAGCAGCGCCGCCCUCGCCGAGCCGCAGGAGUGACAGCAGACAGUCACCAAGCCGCUCGUCAAGCAGCAGACGAAGGAAAUGAGCAAUCAACUUGAGGCGCUUCACUUCUCCUUCUGUGUUGUUUCUCUGGUCACCUCGGGCUGGUCGGAACUGGACUGUAACACAGACCUUACAGCCAGCGGUCAAUAGAUACUCCUCUGUGAACAUCAGGGGACUCGUUUUGGUUCUGGGCUGCCACACAGUAAUCAACAACACGUUUGUUUUUUAAGCAGCAGUGACCCAAGGCUGGCUUGUACAUUUCUUUUUAUGAGUUGAAUAAGAAACAUACACAUUCACACACGCAAACACAGUUAAGUAAAAUGUAACUCUAACAAUGUUCCUCUGUACUUGUACUGUUUGUUGCGUUCUACCUGUAGAUAUGAGCUGUCUGUAUUUUGGUUACUAUCAUGUAACAGAUCUCAGAUUUCCAUUUAAUGUGAGCAGAAACCGAAAUGUGGUUAAUUUCUUUGUUGAAAAUGGUUAAUAAAAGGCAAUUGUACAUUUUA